AUGGCUCAUGAUCAGGAGAGUAGGUUGGUGCUCCACGAGUUUAAGUCGCUAAUAGAUACAAACCCUAAUGACGAAAUGCUUGAACUGGGGCAAAUAUGUGAUGGUGAAAGCAAAGGGGAAAGAGUGGCAUUGGAGAGUGAUUUGGAAAGGAAGGAAGGGCAGUUGUGUGGAAUUGACUUUGAAAUCUUCAUAAUUAGGGCCACUUGA